AUGGUGGGUCAAAUGGUUAACAACAAAGUUAAGCUAGGUAUCAUGUUGCUGGCAUUGAAGAAUGUCGACCCUCAAAAUCUGACUGCCAUAAGGCAAGUGUACAAUGAGCGAAUGACACACAUUAGGGCUUUUUGGGGAGCUUUAACAGAGAUCCAGCACGUGAUGAGGUUGUUGGAGGAAAACAAGUACACGCACUGGUCUAGAUCUGAAGACGGUUCAACUAUUAUUCGCUUUCUAUUCAGGGAACAUCCAGUUUCCAUCCAGAUGUUUAACCAAUUUCCUACUAUUGUCUUGAUUGAUAGUAUGUACAAAACCAACAAGUAUAGGAUACCAUGA